CAAUCUGUAAAAACAACCUGCAUAUCCCACCUGCACAUCCAUCACCUUUGUUCCAGUCGCCGAACCCUUGUUGUUCCGCUGUCUUGUCUUGCAUGUCCCUGAUCCCCUACCCGCCGAGACUAUAAGUUCCCUCAGACAGCUCGGCCAAACCAAAGUCCCGCCGCCAGACCUCACCUCGCUCCUCCUCCCUCUCCAUCGAAUCGACCAACACGGAAAAGCCCGCGUCUGUUGUCCAUCAGUCGCCACUUCCAACAUCACCAAAAAACCUCACGAAAACACACUCACACACACAUACACGCACACGCACUCACAGCCUUUGCAAGAAAUCCAAACCAUGUCGGGGUAUCCAGGCGCGGGUUAUAGUGGCGGCAGCGGCGGCGGCGGCGGUGGUGGAUAUGGUCCUCCUCAGCAGCAGUACCCGCCCCAACAGCAUUACCAGUCACAACCACAAUACGGCGGCUACGGCGCUCCCCAGCAGCAGCAGUAUGGCGCCGGAUACCAGCAGGGUCCGCCGCCGCAGCAGCACUAUGGUGGUGGUUACCAGCAGCAGCAGCCGCCUCCUCAGCAAUACGGCGGAUACAACGGUGUUCCCCUGAACCGCCCCGAGUAUGGCAGACCAGGUCUGCCAACCGUCAACUCCAACGCCUACGUGCACGGCAACCACCAAGCGCCCGCCCCUCCACCCAGCACGCCCCAAGGCUUCGGCCACGGCGCCCCCCAGGACUACAACUUCCAAUACUCGAACUGCACGGGCCGUCGCAAGGCGCUGCUGAUCGGGAUCAACUACUUCGGGCAGCGCGGGCAGCUGCGCGGGUGCAUCAACGACGUGAAGAACAUGUCAUCGUACCUGUUUGAGAACUUUGGGUAUAAGCGCGAGGACAUGGUGAUCCUGACGGAUGAUCUGCAGAACCCGAUGAGCCAGCCGACGAAGCAGAAUAUUCUGAGGGCGAUGCAUUGGUUGGUUAAGGAUGCGAGGCCGAAUGAUGCGUUGUUUUUUCAUUAUUCCGGACACGGAGGCCAAACCAAAGACCUCGACGGCGACGAACCCGACGGCUACGAUGAGGUCAUCUACCCCGUCGACUUCCGCCAAGUCGGCCACAUCGUCGACGACGAAAUGCACCGCAUCAUGGUGACCCCCCUCUCCCCCGGCGUGCGCCUCACCGCCAUCUUCGACUCCUGCCACUCCGGCACCGCCCUUGACCUCCCCUACAUCUACUCCACGCAAGGCAUUCUCAAAGAGCCCAACCUCGCCAAAGAAGCCGGUCAAGGUCUCCUCAACGUUAUUUCCUCGUACUCCCGCGGCGACAUGGGCGGCGUGGCCAGCAACUUGGCGGGCUUCUUUAAGAAAGCUACUAGUGGGGAUGAGGCCUACAAUAGGACGGUGGCGACCAAGACGUCGCCGGCGGAUGUUGUGAUGUGGAGUGGGAGCAAGGAUGAUCAGACGAGUGCGGAUGCGUCGAUUGCGUCGCAGGCGACGGGGGCGAUGAGCUGGGCGUUUAUUACGGCGAUGAAGAAGAAUCCGCAGCAGAGCUAUGUGCAGCUGCUUAAUAGUAUUAGGGAUGAGUUGGCGACCAAGUAUACGCAGAAGCCGCAGUUGAGCUGUAGUCAUCCUUUGGACACAAACCUCCUCUUCGUCAUGUAAACCCCCCUCUCACAAGUUAUACUCCCUGCCACCGCGCCAUGAAGGAUAGCGGAAACCCGGCACAGAUACAAAUCGGAACGAAGCACAGGUCAUCUCCAAACGACACUCGAAUACUCAAAAAACCGUCGUACAGUCUCAAGGUCUCAGGUACCGGGAUGGGAUGGACUAGAAUCAGAAAGGGAAGGAAGGGAGAGAGAAAGGGCUAGCGUUAUGCGCGCUACUGCUUGUUUUAUUGUCGUUGAACUGAACUUUAGAUGCGCUGCGUUGCGAUGAUGCGUUGUGAUGAUGCCUGGUUUUCUACUCGUACAGUAUAGCGCCGUGCAGCGUGGUGUCUGUUGGUAGCGUAGAUAGCGUAGAUGGAAUCGAGGACAUUACUAGUGUACUUACCAUGUUGUCGCUGAAUAAGCCGGGCGGGCUGGCUGACUGAAACUGAUCAUGUUAUCUUGUUACCUUGAGGAGUGAGCGCAUCGCAGGUCA